AUGCAGAUACUGUAUGCACACGUAGAGUACUCUACAGCACUCCUCCUCCUCCACCUCCUCCUCCUCGUCUUCCUCCUCCUCCUUGUCCUCCUCCUCCACUCCUCAUCCGCGCACUCUCCUAUUCGCACCUCCCUCUUGUCACAUUCUUCACCCCCAUCACCCUUCGUCUCCUCCUCCCACAAGUCUUUUCCGCGGGGGUUGCCAACUACCGAAGCAAGACGCGCGCCCAGUGCACAGACGACAACCCGUCCUUCUCCGUUCGAAUUUGUGUGCACGCAUGCAGCAUGUGCCUGCCGCUUUCUGAGCCGCCCGGUUUUUAGCCGGCGAACGAACAGCGCAGCUCAGCACAGCACCACCCUCUUCGUCGGGUCUUUUUCUUCAGCCCCACCACCACGAAAGCGACAGACCAGCGGCGGAGGAGCACCGGUAAGAGUAGGUACCAAAUCAUAUCAGAUGCGAACAUGUCCGUCCUUCCUCCUGAUCCUGCUCCUCAUGCAAUGCACGCGCAAGGCGAGGCGACCACAGGCAACGAACGAUGCAGAUUUGUGCAGAUGCAUCUGA